UACCUACUGUCGCAGGAUGUCGGCACAAUACGACCGGCUUCACACUCUGCGACAAAAAACACCAAGGUCUCGAUCAGUUCAUCACAAAACUUAUGUAAAACCACUCGUGUUAUUAUGGUUUGUGUUACGCAACUUUAUGUUCUCGCCAUGGCAGUCAUAUCCUGUAGAGGGCAGUCGAUUCUGCUGCCACUAGUGGAGUCAACAAGACAGGUGGCAGGAGCCGUUAUCACGCAGCCGCUGUUCCAAGCCCUGGCGCAAGGCGCCGGGGAACUCAUAGCUAACACCGUGUACGAUGCUACCAGACUCCCUGUAGCAAUCGCUCACGUCCUCGGCGUCUCUGAAAAUCUUCCCGUCCUCAUCAACAACAACAACGUCGCAGACCGAACCGACAAAAUCCUUGCCGAAUACCAAUCAGGCUUAAACAAUGAAGACGCUAAACUCAGCAUUGACAAGCUAAUAAAAAAAUAUGGCUAUCCAGUUGAAAAACACGAGACCGUAACCGAGGAUGGAUACGUAUUGCAAAUGUUUAGAAUCCCAGGGAAAGGGUCUGUCGUAUUUCUCAUGCAUGGACUGUUAGGUAGCGCUGAUGAUUUUGUGAUAGCUGGCCUGGAGAGCGGCUUGGCGUACUUGCUUGCCGAGGAAGGAUAUGACGUGUGGAUGGGCAACGCCCGUGGGAACAAGCACUCUCGCCGUCACGUCGAAUUGGAGCCCUCUGAUGCCGGAUUCUGGGACUUUUCUUGGCACGAAAUUGGCUGUUUCGACCUGCCAGCCAUGAUUGAUUACGUCUUGAAUAGUACGAGUGCAAAAACGCUUAAAUAUAUAGGCCACUCGCAAGGCACGACGAGUUUUUUUGUCAUGGGCUCCGAAAGGCCAGAGUAUAAUGAGAAAAUAGAUCUUAUGGUGGCUCUUUCGCCCGUAGCUUUUAUGUCGCAUGCGAAGUCGCCAUUCGUUCGGCUCACGGCCCCGGUGGGUGACAUCGUGGGCGUGAUAUUGCAAGGUUUCGGCUUGCACGAAUUUCUUCCUGACAGCAACAUAUUACGUAUAAUUAAACGGAUCAUGUGUGGCACGGGUCCCAUCGCAGAGAUCAUUUGUUACAACUCCUUAUUGCUGACGAGCGGUUUCGGCUUUGCGGAGCUGAACGUGACAAACUUGCCAGUAAUCCACGGACACACGCCGUCCGGGGCGUCUUUGAAGCAGGUGGUACACUAUGGCCAAGGAUUCAACUCGGGGGAUUUUAAGCAAUAUGACUAUGGUAGACUGAAAAAUCUGAGAAUCUAUGGCAACGAGGUACCCCCUGCUUAUGCUUUGGAAAAAGUCACUGCUCCUGUGUCUUUGGUGUACAGCGCCGAUGACUGGAUGGCCCACCCUGACGACGUGGACGCCUUGUAUCAGCGGCUGGGGAACGCUGUCGACAUCCACAAGGUACCACAUCCACAGUUCAACCACAUAGACUUCAUUUGGGCGAAACAUUUCAAAAUAUUGAUAUUCGACAGGCUAAGGAGAUUGUUAACAGCGUUCUGAUGAAAAAAAGAAUUAAAUAAAAUCCUAAUAAAUAGUGUUUUAAUUUUAUGGAUAUAACUUACCAUUCUUAUUAUAAAAUACUAGCGGUCCUAGCAUCGCACAGGUA